AUGUAUAUCUCCCCUCGCUCCCUCACACUGGACCUCUCCUCUCUUCCUCUACACUUCGACCCGAACCCUCUCUCCUCACAUUCAUUACUUCACAAGCACAGCAUGGACCCCCCUCUCCCCAUCUCCGCUACUGGACUCCCCUCUCUCCUCCACCACUGGACCGGUCAUCGGAGCCCUCCCUCACCCUCACACUGGACCCCUCCCCUCUCUUCCCUCACAUCUGAUUUCCCCCUCUCUUCCCUCACACUGGACCCCCUCUUCUCUCCCUCACUACUGCCCCCCCUCUCUCCCUUCACACUGGAACCCCCUCUCUCCGACCUUCUCCUUAACUGGACCCCUCUUCUCCCUACACACAGGAACCCACCCCUUUCGUCUACACUCCUUCUCGAGCUGGUCCCCCUCUCUCCUCUCACAUACUGGAACCUCUCUCUCUCUCCCUCAGCACUGGCCGCCCCUCUCUCCCUUACACUGGACUCCCCUCUCCCUCACACCAACCUGUGCCCCCUUUCGUUUCAUCCCCGCACACUGUUGUUUGUUCUUUUUAUUUACUCGGUCACUUCCCUCUCUCCCUCACUACUGGACCCCCCCUCUCUUCUUCCCUCUCACUCACUGGACCCCCCCUCUCCCUCUCACUAUCCGGGCCCUCCUUCUUUCUCCCUCACACACGGUUACGCCCCUCUCUCCACCGAUCUACUGGGGCCACUCUUCCUAUCCCGCACGACUGGACGCCCCUCUCUCCCCUCACACCGGGCCCCCUCGUUCCUGUCGGAGCACUCUGACCUCUCCCUCUCCUCACAGCGGCGCUCUGUCGGUGCGCUCUCGACUGGUGCGUCUUGGUAG